AAAAAAAACUUACUCAAACCCAGAAUUUUUCCUUAAGAAAAUUGGGUAAGGGAGGGACAAAUUCUUGUUACCUCCUUAGAAUAAAUAGGAACCCCUAUUUAGUCUUAAAGUCUUUAGUGGAGUAACUAAUAGUGAUGUGAAUGUACUGAGGAAAUUUCAAUUUUCUAUUCCUAGAGCAAGUCUAUGCAUGUAGUCAAAAUUAAACGAUAUAUAUCUAUUAAAGAAGUGCUUUGUCUCUACUUUGUUUAGUAGGCAAAAAUUUCCAUUUAUUGUCUUCUUCUUUUCUUGUAUCAUUAUAAGCACUUUUUUAUUAUCUUGGAGCGCUAUUAUAUAUUUGGAAUUAAAAUAUCAUAAGAGAUUGAAUAAUUUUUCCGUGACACAACUUCCAAUGAUGGUUUUAAGUAUUUUUUUUAAAAAUAUUUAAAUUGCAUUCUUCAUUGACGUCGGCGUCGCAUGAGCUUGGCUGACCCAAAGGGCACGAUUAAGUCCAAGACGAGCACGGCCGUCACGAGUUGUUUUGAGUAUGGGAAGUAACUUUAUUCCAAGAAAUGAGGAACUUCAAAAAUUAAUCUUCGUUUAUACUUCAACCUUCAUUUGGAACCACCACUUUAAUUAUUUCUUGAAACAUUAAAUUAAACUUAUAAUCCGUGGGAAAUUAGUUUCUUGUGUUCUCGUGUUUAGAAUGGACUUGCUACAUUUGUGGACUACUUUAGACUUUCCUAUUUCCCUUUCCUUUCUAACAAAUCCAUUUCAAGAAACCCCACAAAAAAGACCAGAUAAAAAAAAAUACAACAAAAAUAUUUUUUCAUGAAAAAACAGGAGAAAAACGAGAGAAUAUAUAUUAAAGGGGCAAUGAAUCUACCUGAAGAUGUAAUUUUCGAGAUUUUGACAAGACUGCCUGUAACUUCUUUGAUUAGGUUCAAAUGUGUCUGCAAAUUAUGGUAUUCUCUUAUCAAGAACCCUAAUCUCAUAUCAAAGCAUUUGCAAAAUCUGAGCAGGAAAAAAAAUUACGUUCGUUUGUUAAUUAGUCGCCGCGGAAAUAUUACAAAUAAAAGGGUGGUCUCAUUAUCGAUUAAUGACACAUUAGAUGUGUUUAUUAAUCAAGAUUUUCCAUCAUAUUUCAAUGAUAAAUUUGGUCACGUUCGACAUAUUGGUCCAUGUAAUGGAAUUGUUUGUUUAUGUGGAUAUCCAGAUAAUAUUGUUAUAUGGAAUCCUUCAAUUAGAGAUUACAAAAUAUUGCCUCAAUCACAAAUUCAACGUCUAGUUGGUUCAACAGUACGUGGAAGUGAUUUUGGAUUAGGGUUUGAUUCCAAAAGAAAUGAUUAUAAGGUAAUACAAAUUUUAUUUUGUCUUUCAAAUGAUCGUGUUGUUGUUUAUCAAGUUGAGAUAUAUUCGUUAAAUGAAAAUAUUUGGAAAAAGUAUAAUGGGAUUGUACCAGCUAAAAUAAAGUAUGGUUAUAUAUCUUGGAGUAUGAUAUAUAAAAAUGAGAUUUUUUGUUGGUUAGCUCAAAAUGGUGAUAAUAAUGAGGUGAUUCUUUCAUUUAAUAUGAGUGAAGAGACUUUUGAAAAUACACCAUUACCAUCAAAUAUUGGAGUUUUUGGGGAGCAAGAAAUUAGAAAUAUUUGGGUGAUUGUACCAUUAAAUGAGUCAAUUUCUCUUAUUGUUUAUUGUUUGAAACAAGUGGAGAAAUAUUUUGAUAUUUGGGUGACAAAUGAAUUGGGAGUUAAAAAUUGUUGGACUAAACUGCAAAGAAUUGGCCCUCUUUCAAAGGUGGAGAGGCCUUUAGGGUUUUGGAAAAAUGGUGAGUUUAUUUUGGAAAAUAGCAAUGGACAAUUGGUGAUUUAUGAUCCUGCAAAUCAAGAAGUGAAGACACUUGGCUUUUAUGGGAAAAGAGGCAGACUUGAGUUGGUUGUUUAUAAGGAGAGUUUAAUUUCAGUCAAUUGAUAAUUGCAAAGCUAUGUGAAUAGCAAAGACGAAUUCAAAGUCUAGAGUUAGUAAGUUUAGAUUAUUUUCUUUUUUUACUUGUAUACAUGUUAGAGUAGAAAGUAGUGGAUUCAGUCGAACCAGCAUGACCUCUGCUCAAUUUGCCUCUGAAAUAGUAUAGGCUGCGUUGUUUUCUGAACCCGUGUAGUUGAUGUGAAAGUAACUACUACUUGUACAUAUCAUCUAAAUGAAUAAAAAAAGUGAGAAAAGAAAGACACAUUA